AUGACAAUAAUCAGUACUGCAGUGCCUACAAUAAUCAAAAUUGCAAUCGAAGAAAUGGUGACUGAAAAUAUUGUAAAACAAAUUGUUUAUGAAACAAAUCGAUACGCUGAAAUUAUAGGCAAUACUUCAAAACCUCGUCAAUGGUAUUCACGUAUCAACAAAUGGCAGUCAACAAAUACCAAAGAAUUCAAUGUAUUUCUUGGUAUACUGAUAUUGCAAGGAAUAAUUCGUAAACCAGAACUUCAAAUGUAUUUUACAACUGAUGAACUAUUAUCAACUCCUAUAUUUAAGCGAAUAAUGACUGCUGAUCGAUUUUUAUUAUUACUUAGAAUGCUGCAUUUUGAAACGAAUGAAGGUCCGGAUACCAAAUUGAAAAAGAUCUGGCCAGUUAUCGAAUGUCUUCGUUCAUCGUUUAAAAAAUUACAUAAACCUGGAAGAUUAUUAUGUGUUGAUGAAAGUCUACAUUUGUACAAGGGUCGUUUAUCGUGGAAACAGGUUAUUCCCACCAAAAGAGCAAGAUUUGGAUUCAGGUUUUAUAUGUUAUGUGAUACAAAUGGUUACAUUCUUGAUUUUAUAAUUUACACUGGUGCUGAUACUAAUUAUAAAGAGAAUUUUUCUGAUUUAUCCUUAUCAAGUCGAGUCGUCUUGACAUUAGUAGAAGAUUACCUAGAUUUAGGACAUUGUAUUUUUAUGGACAACUAUUAUUCCUCACCAAAACUCUUUCUUCAACUAAUCAAACAAAAGAUAGAUGCGGCUGGAACAGUUCGUUCCAAUUGUAUAGGUCUUCCAAUUGAUUUCAAACGUAUCAAGGUUCAUAAGAAUGAGCAAAUUGUUCGGUAUUACAAAAAAUUAACGGCAGUGAAAUGGUUAGAUAAGAAAUUUGUUACAAUGUUGCCUACUUACCAUAAUGAUGAUGUCACGACUGUUCAUAAAAGAAAUAAACAAAUUGAAGUACCUGUAUGCGUUCACGACUACAAUGUCACUAUGGGUGGGGUUGAUCUGGCCGACCAACAAUUAGCACCUUACUGUGUUCCUCGAAAACUCUUGAAAAAAUAUUACAAAAAGAUAUUUAUGAUUUUAUUAGAUUUAGCUACUCUGAACUCUUAUCACUUAUAUAAAAUACAGACUCAUCAAACGAAUCAUAACAUAAUGACACAACUUCAAUUUCUUAUAGCACUUGCUUAUUCUUUAUUGGAAAGCAAUUGCAUGGUCUUCCAAGUCAAGCAAUUAGAUUACGUUGAACAGCACUUGAACCUACACGUGUGCGUUUAG